AAUCUAUAUAUAUAUAUAAAUGCAUAUAUAAAGCUGCCAGGUUAAUUUGCAGACUUUAAUCCCGGACUGCCCUUGACCUGUUACUUAUUGACAGUGAUGCGCUCGAUAGCCAUGUUUCUGACGGGUGCCAAUCCGACUGGUACAAAGGUGUCCGCCGUGACGUCCGUGCAGCUCGGGGCCAAACGUGUUUUCACACUUCAUCGCUCAACCCUGCACUAUGGGGAGCCAUUAUCCGGCCCAUUUGAAGGAAAGGUCAACUAACGUCUGACUAAUGUGAAUGUCUAUGGGGACUGAGGGUCAUUCACACAUUUACACCAUUUGCAGAUCCAGAGAUGAUUCCCGGUUAACUUAGCGUGAGGUAAAUUGGAGCCUAAAAAGUUGUUAACCUCUGGCUCACAUCAUCCUGAGAGGAAGAGAUGGGGAGGCACGAUGACGUCCACAAGGGAGAAAGGAGCCCCCUGUGGUCUACUCUCUCGCUGCUUGCACUAACUUAAAGGUUAAAGUUAACUAGUUAACUGGCUCUACAGUUAGAGUCAAACACUGCCUGCUUCAUGAAUGUAUUCCACAAUCAAUCAAUGGUUGUCAAUUGUUUGAAUGCAUGCUUAUUGUCUAUAGAUAGUCAUUGUGCUCGUGUAUGUCAUAUAUUUCUUUGAUUAUACAGGGCUCAUCUCAUAGGCACAUGUGGUUUAUUAUGUCUGUUUUUUAAUCCGUUUAAUUCAUGAGGUGACAAGUUAAUUUCAAUCACAGUAUUUUGCUGCCCUACAUUUGAUCAUACUGUAAUGUUUCAGAUGUAACCACUUAACACUGUGAUAUACUGAGAACUCAGGGAAGGGUGACAAGUGCAUGUUUAGUUAAUGGGGAACUGGGAUGGGGGAAACCGAGGUGACAAAGUUCUGGGCCAAAGUUCUGGAGUGUUGUGAUUGGUCAGUGCAUGUUGGGGGUAGCCACACUGCGUGGGAAUAUAACCUGAAGCCUGAGGCCAGAUCAGAAGUUCUUUGCAAACUAGCUCUGGUUUUGUUAUUACUUUUGUGCAAGUGACAGUAACGUCUUUAUCUUUCAAGCCUUGUCCUUCCCGACCUCUCGUAUUUAAAGUGUUGAAGUCUGGGUGAUCGUCCACCACGCGGUCAAGCAAAGAGGUCAGCCCUGGGCCCGACCUUUGCCCCGUCUGGCCCCGUUUUAAAGAGCCCUAGCGAAGGGUUGGCAUCCACGCUGGAGGACUUGGCAUUUGCACACUCGAGUUGAGACACUGGCGAGGCAGCCAAGACUCUUACAGUGUCAACAGAUUACUUUCAGAGGACACAGCAUACCAAGUGGGUCCUCCAGCACACCGGAGAACGCCAUUCAGGGAACCGUAGGCUGUUAGCCACCAGCAAUGACAACGUUCGACGACAUCUUGGAGGAGGCGGGGAAGUUCGGCCGAUGCCAGAAGCGCAUCUUCGGCCUGCUGUGCAUGGUUUCCAUGCCCUGGGCCGGGGUCUAUGUGGGCAUCGUUUUCCAGGGCUUCACCCCGGAGCACUGGUGCCGUGACCCGGACGUGGCGGCCCUGAGCAAGAGCUGCGGCUGGAGCCCGUUGGAGACGCGGCGGCUGGCCGUGCCACUGGAGAACCGCUCGGGGGAGACGGUGCGCAGCACGUGCCAGCGCUACGACGUGGACUGGAACGCCACGGGGCUGGCCUGCGAUCGGACGGAGGUGGACCUGAGCAAGGCCCCCCUGGCGGCGUGUAAGCACGGAUGGGAGUACGACUAUGAGGGCCGGCAGUCCUUUGUGACAGAGUUUGACCUGGUGUGCGCCGACAGCUGGCUGGUGGACAUGUACCAGGCCACCCUCAAUGUGGGCUUCCUGGUGGGCAGCAUCGCCACUGGCUACCUGGCCGAUAGGUUCGGCAGGAAGAUCAGUUUUCUGAUGUCCAACGUGUUGAACGGCAUCAUGGGCAUCCUGGUUGCCGUGGCGCCCAACUACGUGUCUCUGCUGGUGUUCAGAGCGCUCUACGGCUUCGGCAUCAAAGGAGGAUGGGUGGUGGGAUAUGUGCUCAUCACAGAGCUGGUGGGUGUGGAGUACAGGAGGACCGUGGGGGUGCUCUACCAGAUGUUCUUCAGCGUGGGCAUCAUGCUGCUCCCCCUGCUGGCCUACUACAUCACAGACUGGCGCUGGCUGCAGGUGGUCAUCACCGUGCCCUACAUCCUCUUCCUCUCCUACUACUGGUUCAUCCCAGAGUCUCCCAGGUGGCUCCUCUCUCAGAACAACUCUGCCAAAGCGGUGGAGAUCACCGAGGCCAUUGCCAAGGAGAAUGGGAAGACUCUCUCCAAGAAGAUAGAGACCCUAAGAGACGAUAACGCUGAAACGUUGAAUCCCUCCUUCAUGGACCUGGUCAGGACCCCCAGGAUGCGGAAACACACCCUGAUCCUCAGCUUCAACUGGUUCACCAGUGCCGUGGUGUACCAAGGCCUGAUCAUGAGACUGGGCAUACUGGGAGGAAACGUCUACAUCGACUUCCUCAUCUCGGGCCUCGUGGAGUUCCCCGCCGCGUUCCUCAUCCUCUUCACCAUCGAGCGCAUCGGGCGCCGCCUUCCCUUCGCCACCGCCAACAUCGUGGCGGGGGCCGCAUGCUUCAUCACCGCCAUGUUACCCGACAGUCUGUUCUGGCUGAAGACGACGGUGGCCUGCAUCGGCCGCCUGGGCAUCACCAUGUCCUUUGAGAUGGUGGUGUUUGUGAACACAGAGCUCUACCCCACCUUCGUCAGGAACUUUGGCGUGUCCGUGUGCUCUACACUGUGCGACGUGGGUGGGAUCGUGGCCCCCUUCCUGCUCUACAGGCUGGCGGUGAUCUGGCUGGAGCUGCCCCUCAUCAUCUUUGGAUCCCUGGCGUUCGUCGCCGGCGGCCUGGUGCUGCUGCUCCCCGAGACCAGGGGCAUCCCGCUGCCCGACACCAUCGACGACAUCGAGUUCCCCGAAAGAGCCCAGGAGAAAAUUGAGCUGAAGAAGCAGCAACUCGACAACCUGUUGGCAACCAUCCCCUCCACAGAUGUCAAAGACCCCGUCGCUGUUUGAUGUCCGUUAUUGUCAGGGUCAGGGUUUAGGUCGCCGACGUAUUUAUUGAUGUAGCAGGGGACUGAGAGCUCUGUGUAUUUAUGUAAAAAACUUUCAUUACGCAUGUUUUAUUACUGUUAUUAACUGUUUGUGUCACUCUCAGUCCAGGGGCUCUGGCUGUGUUCGAUUUGGCCCUCUUGUUCUCUCAUGCCCUUCAUAAGGAUAACUAUAUAUCAGGCUACCCUAUUUAGGGUAUAAUUAUGCAGGGAAUUCGGACACAGAUGAUGCGCCAGAGAGCCAUCGAGGUGCCGUGUGUUGGUGGCAGAAACAAGCUGACACGUGCUAGAAGUCACCCUGGGACAGCUCAUUAGUAAAAUGACUGAAUGGGCUGACCCAUCUCUUCUUGAUGAAUCUGUCGACAAGGAAGACCGCUAUACAUCAUGGGAUGUAUAGUGAGGAAAAAAGUGUGCAUCUGUGGUACAAUUUUUUACGUUGCAUUAUGGGUUUUAAGUAGUGAACCCGAGUUGUGCACAACAAACACCACAAAACAGUAGGGCUGAACGAAUAAUCGAAUUCAAAUCGAAAUCGCGAUGUAAUAGAACGCGGUAUGCAAAUCGCAAAGGCUGCGAUUAAAAAGAAAAAAGAAAAAAAAAGUGAUUUGCUACCGUAACUGACUGGAAAUCAGUACAAUUCAUUUAUUUUUAUUUUUAUUUUACAAUUCAAUAGUUAAAUAAAGAAGUUUAUAAUAUAAAUUAAUCUCAACACAUCGGCCUGGCCUAAAGGAAAGAGCAAAUUUUAUGUUGACUGCUUCCAAUGUUGUGUUGGUCGUUCUAAAGAAUGAUGAUUUAUUUCAUUUUUAGUGAAUAAUACACAACAUAAGGAACUCAAUAAAUUAUAAAAAUCGCACAUUAAAUCGCAAUCGCAAUAGCCCGAUAUAGGGCACCGGUGGACCAAGCCUCUUUUCAUGUGUGAUUCCCUGAUGGAGGAACAACCUAGCUCCAUGCAGUCCUCAGAAAUGCUCCUUAUUUCUUAAAGAAAUCUUCAGAAGCCCCUCCUCUUCAGGAAUCAUCUCAUAAACGGAUGUGUGACCCUGGUUGUUAAGAGCUGUUAGGUUUUAGCUCCUGUUUUUUUUUUUUAAAUGUACUAUCUUUUAUGUCUCUGAGAUGCCAUGAUAAUAAAAAAGUUCAAAAUGAA